AAAAAAAAAAAAAAAAAAAGUUAGAACAGAAAAUAUCUUUUAUCUUGUCUGGUAGGAGCAAGCCAUUGGGCCAACUAAUAAUGAAAGUAGAAAAUGGCCACAAAUGAAAACAACUUAUCUCUGAAUCCAAGUCUCCAAAGCCUGGUUAGUUCAAGCACAGAUCCUUGAUGCUAGCCAUUGACAUAACCACCCACCCAUGGCUUCUUCCCAAUCCUGGUUCAAUCUUAGGAAAAGCACAGCCGCCCCGGCAGCCGCGGCGAAAAACCAUUGCCAAUCUGCAAGAAAACAGCCAAACAAGACAAGAACCCACGGCAGCUGCAGGCAAUAUCAGACGCCAGGUUCUUACCUCACAAGGAAGAAUUAAGCUUAAUGCAUACCCGGAUCGAGAAUUCUAUGCUUUUCCACGGUUUGUUACUCAUGUCGGCAAUGGUUUCAUUUCCACUUUAACCAAUUUGUAUCGGGAAAGGCUGCGUCCAGGUAUCGAAGUCCUCGACUUGAUGAGCUCUUGGGUUAGCCAUCUCCCUAAAGAAGUCGAGUAUAAACGAGUGGUUGGACAUGGGUUAAAUGCUCAGGAGCUUGCUAAGAACUCCCAACUUGAUUACUACUUUGUGAAGGAUCUUAAUGAAGAUCAGAAGCUUGAGUUGGAGAGUUGCAGUAUUGAUGCAGUUGUGUGCACUGUUAGUGUGCAGUAUCUUCAACAGCCUGAGAAGGUGUUCGCCGAGGUGUUCAGGGUGCUGAGGCCAGGAGGAGUGUUCAUCAUUAGCUUUAGCAACAGAAUGUUCUAUGAGAAAGCUGUGAGUGCAUGGAGAGAAGGUUCUGCAUACAGUAGAGUACAAUUAGUAGUCCAAUAUUUCCAAUGCAUUGAAGGAUUUACACAACCAGAGAUUAUAAGAAAGAUGCCUGCUUCAAGCAGCACUGGAGAAGAUAACUCACCGUUCAGCUGGAUUCUGAGGCUGCUAGGCUUGUUUUCUGGCUCAGACCCUUUCUAUGCAGUGUUGGCUCACAAGAACUUCAAGCCUGUAUAUACAAAUGAAACUAGUUGAUCUCGGAAAUACGUACGUUUAUUAGUU